AUGAGAAGAAGAGGACCACCAAUGAGAAGAGGACCAAUAAGAAGAUCAGGUUUAGGAACACUUGCCGCUGGUGUUGGUGUUGGUAUGUUAGCUAGUGCAGCAACACAACCAAGAUAUUACCAUCCUCAACCCCCACCUCAAUAUUCAACCACAACAGUAUACAAUACUCCAGUAGUAGGUGUUGCCCCUCCUCCAGUUGCCCCACAAAUGGUUUAUGACCAAAGAACUGGUCAAUAUAUUCCUGUUGCUCCACCUGUUAUGGUACAACCAACUACAACAACAACAACUACAUACCAACAACCAUAUUAUUAA